AUGGCUAAAAUCACAGGCGGUGGUCGAAUUGGUGAUGUUACACUCAACCUCUGCGCUCUACCUAUUAUUGAUCAACCAGAAAUCAAACUUUAUGUUCGUCAACCGAGACCCGAUGAUCCACGGGCAUUUCCCGUUAUUGACUGGCACGACAAAGAUCAUUAUGUUGUACCGGUAGAAAACUUACCUCGAAUUCAAGGUUCGCUGGUUUUCACAAACGUUGCAGCGCUCAACGAACUAAGUAUACAAGAAAAAUAUGAGCUUUUAUUGAGGGCUGCGCGAUUACAAUUACAAAAUGUAAAGUUCAUACAUUGCUAUUAUCUGUAG